AAACACAUUUACUAUUUAUAGACAGACACUAAAUGCAAUAUAAAAAGCCACAGCUGUGGGAAAUUCACCUUUAAUUGCCAUUUUCACCUGUGUGUUUCACCUUGUGUGUCUGUAACAAGGCCAAACAUUCAAGGGUAUGUAAACCGUUUUGUGUGUGCAUAUUUUCAAAAUUUCACACUAACUACCAGGGUAUGCUAAUUUUGAGCACAACUGUAACAGAUCCCAAGCCAUAACCCAUCUAAGACAUCAAUUUGAGGUUGUGCCUGGAAAAGGACUGCACACUUCAUCGUCUUAUACAGAACCUGGAGUGUAUCUGAGAUCCAUUCGGAGAAGGCUUCUGUUUGCAUGAUAUUAUACUGCUCAAUGCUUAAACUGGACUGUCCUCACAGACACACACUCACCACUCUUGCCACCCCCCUGCUCUGAAUUCCUCUCAUCUUCAUUGGAGAGAAUGUUAGCUAAACACCCUGAGGGAACAUUGACAAGCCCUUCAUGUCUUGACAGUUGUCAGACAGGUUUUUUGUUUUUCCAGGAGAAAGGGUCUAAUUUUUUCACCUCCACUCUCUGCUCACAUGUGGUAACUUGCUCUCAUUUUCUCUAACAGCUACUCUCUUUUCCAGCAUUUUUUUCUCUCUGUCUUCUCCCUCCCUACAUAGACAAGAGUCAAAAUUGUUUCCCUGUCACACCCCAUAGCUCUGCUGUUACUUGGUCAUGGGUUUACUAUAUGUUUUGCAGACUAACAUUUCAUCCAUAAUAAUAGGUUUAUUGAUAAUUCUUUUACUUUGGAAGUAUUUGGGAAAACAGAGACGGUAUGGACGGUUGCCCCCGGGUCCUCCCGGAAUUCCCCUGCUUGGUAAUUUGCUACAAAUUGAUUUGAAACAGCCGGACAAGUUCUACAUGGAGCUCAGUAAGAAGUUUGGCUCAGUCUUUACUGUGUGGCUGGGUCCUGAACCUGUUGUGGUGGUCUCUGGAUAUCAGGCUAUUAAAGAAGCUCUAGUGGACCAAGGAGAAGAUUUCAAUGGAAGAGCCAAUGUUGCCAUUGCUGUAAGACUCAUGAAUGAAUAUGGAGUUGGGUCGAGUAAUGGCCAGCGAUGGAAAGAACUUCGUGGCUUCUCCUUGAUGUCUCUGAAAAACUUUGGAAUAGGAUGCAGAAGUCUUGAGGAGAGGGUCCAAGUGGAGGCUAAGUGUCUAGUGAAAGCCUUCAGUGAACAUGGAGAUUCAACUGUCAACCCCAAAGACCUUCUUUUCCAUUCCAUCAUCAACCUGUUCUGCUCCAUAGUUUUUGGGUGCAGAUCUGAAUAUAACGACCCAGAGUUUCAGAUCAUGUACAAGGCAGUCUAUACAUACUUUGAUGUACUUAAGGGAAACGUUUCAAUGCUGUACAAUAUUUUCCCCCAGAUUGUUGAGCGUUUUCCAGGCAAACACCAUGAGAUGUUUGCGGCAGUAGAAAAGGCAAAAGCUUACGUACGACAGGAAUCCGAUCGUCGCCAAAACCACCUGGACACCUCAAACCCCCAAGACUUCUUGGAUGCGUACUUGGUUAAAAUGACAGAGGAGCAGGAGAAGCCUAGGACUGAAUUCAACUUUGACAACUUGUUUCCAUGUGUUUGGGAUUUGUUUGCUGCUGGCACAGAGACCCAGUCAUCCACGCUAUCACAUGCCUUUUUGAUGAUGAUCAAGUACCCUCAGAUCCAAGAGAAAGUUCAGAAGGAAAUUGAUGAGGUGAUUGGCUUAAACAGAUUCCCCACAGUUGACGACAGAAAGAAGAUGCCCUACACGGAUGCUGUCAUCCAUGAAGUUCAGAGAACUAUGAGUCUUGCUCCUACAGCUGUUCCUCACCAAAUGACCCGUGACACAGUGUUCCACAACUACCACAUCCCAAAGGGAACCAAAAUGUUUCCACUACUGUCAUCUGUGCUUUGGGACCCCAAACUGUUUAAUAACCCAAAAGAGUUUGAUCCAGAUAACUUCCUGGAUGAUAGUGGCCACUUUAAGAAAAAUGAUGGAUUUCUUGCUUUUGGAGUGGGGAAGCGGUCCUGUCUGGGAGAUGGAAUUGGAAUUCCCAGAAUGGUGCUUUUCAUCUUCUUUACUUCCGUUCUUCAGCAUUUCUCCUUCAGUGGCACCAGUCCACCAGAGAAGACUGAUGCCAGUGUAGUGUCCUACUUCAUUGGGCGCCUGGCACGGCCUUACACCUGCUAUGUGAAGCUCAGGAAACCAAAUAUUCCAUGAAUCAAACAGCUUCUAGUCUUGUUGGAAUAACUUUUUUUUAUUUCUUUAAAUUUGCCAAACUAGAAUUUAGAGCUCGCUGGGUGCCGCUCGCAUUGGAUUUCUUCCUACUGUUGCAUUGCUAUGUCAUCCAAUAUCACAAAUGGAAGUAGAUCAACCACUGAAGAAGAUGCUGAUGUGUAGCUUUCUAGUAAGUUUUCAUGGGAUAGCAACAAACCCACUUUGACCGCACAAUACAUUUAAUGGAGAAGUACUGAAUCAAUGUUGUUUUACAUUUUUGGGUACUCAGGGUAUAUAUUUGGGGGAACAAAUAUGAAAAAUGUCAACAUUGAGACAGAAGUUCAGGAAGAUUAAACACCUGCCACCUGACUAGCAUUGCCAACCCAUUAAUGCAGCAUUUCUUGCACUAUCAUAAUGGUGAACAUCUGCACUUGUGUGUUACAGUGCCUCGAGUUUUUGACGUGGUGUCCGAUUUGUUGUGUUAAAUGUCCACACUUAAUACAUGUUCUCUGUACUGUUUGAUUAUUCCCACUUCAAUAAAAUGAUCACCUGCCCUCGC